GUUGUUGAGGCACUUAACAAGAUAAUGAAAGCAAAGCUUCACAAUGCCAAUAAGACCAGAGAGGAACGAGAAAUACAGGCAAAGGCUAUUAAGGUCAGACUUGAGAAGUUUGAGCAGUAUGCAGGUCAAGUCAUGGCUGGGCUGUCGAUACAACUGAAGAAACAGAUAGCACAGGCAAUUCCUGCCAUGCUGGAUCAUAUGUGCAGUCCUGAAACAACAGCAGAGAUUGUGACAGAGGCAAUGAAACAGGCACCAAUCUUGACCAAAGAGGAUGAAAAGAAUUGGAGAGAUGUCAGAAACACAGCAGUGAGCCUUGUUUCAGGUCUUAUUGAGGAAAAGGUACAGGCCUGGGACAGCACCAACAUGUACUUUGACAAGAUGGAGCAUAAUCUUGUCAACAACUUCAAGAAAGAGUUUGAUCUGAUCGAUGAAAGGCACCAUGAAGAGAUACAGAAAGCACUAGAUCCAGACUUGAAGACAGUUCCUGACAAUACGAAGAGGGCUGCAGCUGCUGCUGAUGAAGAUGAUGACGACUUUUCAAUGACCACAGGUGGAAAGAUUGCGCUUGGUGUAACUGCUCCACUGUGGAUCCCUCUCACAGUUGCAACUGGCUUGUCUGCACUGGUGCUGGGACUGCCCAUCAUUGGAAUUGUUGCUGCAAAAGGUAACAUUUCAGAAGCACUAGAGAAGAGCAAGUUCAUCAAGAUGUAUCGGAAUGAGGAAAGCAGGAGGAAGUAUUUUGAAGAUCUGACAAAGAAGGCCUCGAACGCCAUAUCAGAAAACAAGGAACUGGUUGCCUUAGUUGAGAGGAGACUCGCAAAACCCAUCACAAUUCUGACGAAACUCAUGGAAGCCAUUCCAAACCUUGUUGCAGCUGACAGGAACUUGCUUGAUGUCCUCGCAGCAGAGUCACGUGGCCAGGACACUCUUCUCCUUCUGUAUCAACCACUUGUUGGUGGAUGCAGACUACUGCAGGGUCAGCUGGAAAUGUUUCGGAUGAAGAACCUGUCCAAGUAUCUUAGCCUUGACCGCAUACUCAAGGAUAACCCAAAGAAGAUUGGCUCUGGACAGUUUGGUGAUGUCUACAAAGUGACCAUUCUCGCUGACAAGAAGACAAUUGUUGGAGCAGUCAAGGUGGCCAAGGCACCCAUCACCGUUGACACUGUCACUUCAUUUCUUCAAGAAAAGGACAACCUGAGGUUCUUGAACCAUACCAAUGUUUUGAAGUACUAUGCAACAGCAGCAUCUGUCCAUGAUGGCUGUUUGAGAGUUGGCAUUGUGACUGAGCUUUGCCAAGGGACUCUGAUGGAAUGGUUGAAAGACUACAAGACACCAGCAAAAUGGGGACGUGACCAUGCUGCCAUGCGUAGAAUGUAUGAAAGGUCAUUUUCAACCAUACAGAAUAUGGGUGUACAACUGUGUCAGGGGCUGUCCUACAUCCAUGGCAAAGGAUACAUACAUCGUGACCUCAAGGCUGACAACAUACUGGUCACUACAGAUGGGACUGUGAAGCUGGCUGACAUGGGCCUAACCAAGAAGAUGGCUGACCAGACAGGUACAAUCUGUGGAACACCUCUGUAUGCAGCUCCAGAGGUGUUUUCAGAGAAUGCAGAAUACAAUCAGUCAGCAGACAUCUACAGCCUUGGUUUUCUCCUCCUGGAGAUGUGGUAUGGUGUACCUGUGUAUGAAGACCCCGUCUUCUUGAAAAAGGUCGUUGACAAGAUCACCCUCCCUGCACAGCUCUCUUUUCAAAGUCAGCUGCCACCAAUUGAGCCAUGGCAGCAACUCAUUAAGAAAUGCUUUCAAAGGGAUAGAAAUUCAAGGCCAUCUGCUUUGGCAUGUAUGAAGGAGUUAAAAGGCAUGAAAAUUUGAAUUCAUGAUUUAAACCUCAAUAGGGUUUUCUGAAAGCAAGUUCAGGGUACACAUGUACUAGAU